AAAAAAAAACAUUCAUCGAACGCGCGCGUAUUAUUCCUUUGAUCGAUUGUACGGGGAUCCCCAGGAAUUCCGGGGUAACGCUUUUUGGUAUAUAAAACGGAGCUAAUCGAUGCAAAGGUAUCAACAGUCGGUUCAAAGCGUUCCUGCAGCAAACAUCUUAUCAACCCAGAGACCAACCAACCACCAAACAACCCAACAACAAUGAACUUCUCCAAGAUCUUCAUCUUUGUCGUGCUGGCAGUGCUAUUGCUCUGCAGUCAGACGGAAGCGGGACGGCUGAAGAAGCUGGGAAAGAAAAUUGAGGGAGCCGGCAAGCGAGUGUUCAAGGCAGCAGAGAAGGCCCUACCGGUGGUGGCAGGCGUUAAGGCGCUCGGUUAGAGCGUCGGCAGGAGGAUGGUUCUAUUCGUGCUUAAGACGACGGCUCUGCUAACAUGAUAUGGCAAAGAGAGAGAGAGAGAGAGAGAGAAAGAGAGAGAGAGGGAGAGAGAUGAAACAGCUUUAACAGAUCUGUGGGCAGGGAGGGGAAAAGUGAUAAAAUUAUAGCAUGUAGUAAACAGAUCUUGACUAGUUCGGCAAAUAAAUUUCACUUCUUAUCUAACUGCAA